AUGGAUUCUUCAUCAACUAUGCUGUUCAACCAGCUCAAGACCGCAGAACCAUUUUUCCUACUAGCUGGUCCUAAUGUGAUUGAAUCGGAGGACCACAUUCUGCGUAUGGCCAAGCACAUUAAGGCUAUCACUUCUAAACUUGGGUUGCAAUUGGUUUUCAAGUCAAGCUUUGACAAAGCUAAUCGGACAUCUUCCAAAUCAUUUCGUGGUCCUGGCCUCAGUGAAGGCUUGAAGAUCCUUGAAAAAGUGAAAAUAGCAUAUGACCUUCCCAUAGUCACUGAUGUACAUGAAGCCAUUCAGUGUGAAGCAGUCGGCAGGGUUGCAGAUAUUAUUCAGAUUCCUGCUUUUCUGUGCCGACAGACGGAUCUUUUAGUUGCAGCAGCCAAAACUGGAAAAAUUGUCAACAUUAAGAAGGGUCAAUUCUGUGCUCCUUCGGUCAUGUUAAAUUCUGCUGAAAAGGUCAGAUUGGCUGGGAAUAACAAUGUAAUGGUUUGCGAGAGAGGAACCAUGUUUGGCUACAAUGAUUUGAUUGUAGAUCCACGCAACUUCGAGUGGAUGAGGGAAGCAGAUUGUCCUGUGGUGGCUGAUGUCACACAUUCGUUGCAGCAACCUGCUGGGAGGAAGUUGGAAGGUGGCGGUGUUGCUAGUGGAGGUCUUCGUGAAUUAAUCCCUUGCAUUGCAAGGACAGCAGUUGCUGUGGGAGUGGAUGGAAUUUUCAUGGAGGUACAUGAUGACCCUCUAAAUGCUCCAGUGGAUGGUCCAACACAGUGGCCUCUGCGCCAUCUGGAGGAACUGCUUGAAGAGCUUGUGGUAAUUGCUAGGGUUAGCAAAGGGAAGCAACAGAUGAAAAUUGAUCUCACUCCAUUUCAUCCAUAGGAAGAUUUUGAGGCUUUUCUUCAGGGUAAGCUAGCAAACACUCCUGGGUUCAGAUUUUAUUUUCUUCCAUUAAUCUACACGUGCAGUGAACUAUCCAACUUGCAAUUUCUGUGAUGCUGCUUAUAUAAAUCAUCUGGUGUGUUUGCCACCUUUUACCGGGCUUGGCUCCCCUCUAAUGGUGAGGAUUUAUCUACGUUAACAAAUCUUAUCUUACUUAUAAAACAUUUUAAAUUUUGAAAUUCAAAUGGAACUGAAUAUGUUGAUGUGAAUAGGUCCUCGCCAUUCAAAGAGAAUUAGAGGAUCCUCCAAUAAUUCUGUCUUUCAGCGAAACUUUUAAUGAGGUUGUUGGAAACAGUUUCUGCUUGAAAAGAGUAAUUCCUAAACUUGGAUGUACGAAGUGGGAAAUACCCAUUAUAGUAGCAUGGAUUGGAAGAGUUACGGUUUCUAUCUUGAGGUCCCAUUAUCUGUUCUUUGAUUAUACAUUGUUGUGCCCUGUACCCAAUUCCCAUGGAUUUGGUGUUGAACUCAAUUACCGUCAAAUUUAACUCAUAAAAAGUGCUAAAACCUCAAAAUUAAUCCUUCCAAUGUUCGAAAUAAUCACAACUGUUGCAUCACUGUCAAAACUAUUGUAGAAAACAAGUUACAGAAUAUGCUUUAAUUCCUCAGUUGAUUUGAUUCUACUGCCUUUACUCUCAAGUUAACCUGCAUCUAAGAGGGUAAAUAAGUGGUUAGCUUGGGAUGUCCAAUAAAUAGAUUAAAACAUAAAAUAUGAAAUAAAAGGAAUUGAACGAUAACAGAAUAACUCAAAAAUCAAUUGCAGAAGCAAGAAUCAUCACAAUUAUGUCUCAAAAAUCAAUACUGAAAUUGACACAUCUCAAAAUCAGUGGAAACAGAUAUUUGUCUAACGAACGAUGUGAGAAUCAAGCACGCUCAUAUCAUAGCACACAAAUUUCAAAACACACUGGACAUAAUCAAAGGAGUUUCAAUUUACAGUAACAAACCAACCAAUCGGAAUGUGAGUGCAGGACAACAACAGAUUACUGCAAAGAGAUUUAAUUAGGAUGCAUAUUAUGAGAUAAUCCACUUAAACUUCAAUUGAAACCAUGGAUAUAAAGACCUCAAUGCUAUUAAGAGCAGUCUAAAUUUUCAUCAUAAUCGAUCCACUUGAUUUGAAACUCUAAAAUUGUCAAUCACUGUUAGGUUCCCUAAUGAUGGGCACUAACUUGAGAAAGUGGUGAGCAACUUACAGUAGCAGCCUGGAACUAAUGAAUUGACAACUUGGGAAAGUGGUCAGCAAAUUACAAUAGUAACUAAUCUAC